AUGGAACAAGCUGCAAUCACACUGUUGAAUAAUUUGGACCUCAACGUUGAUAACUACACCAUCAGAAUACGCAUUGUUCGUUUGUGGACAAGAGCUGAUUUCAAUAACGCUAGAAAAGUUUAUUGUUAUGAUAUGAUAGUCAUGGACAGUGAGGGAACAAAAAUGCAAGCUUUUGUUUUGGCUAAAAACGCAUCUGGAUAUCAACAUCUUUUAGAAGAAAAGCGUUGUUUGACGAUUCGAAAUCCUUCCUUGGGUGAGAAUCGUCAGAAGGUCAAGUACACUAACGGUGGUUUGAAGAUUAACCUUAAUAACAACACCGUUGUUGAGGAAUGCCACGAGGCUACUGGUUCUGAAUGGGGUUUUGAUUUUACUCCGUUUGAUUCUAUUGUGGAGGACCCAACAACUGACAACAAGUUCUUUAAAAGUCCAAUUGAUGUAAAUGGUUUUGUGGUCAAAAGUUUUCCCUUCGAGGUAGACAUGGAAACUAAUAAUGGUAAAAACCAGAAGAAAGUCACCUUUAUGCUUGAAGACUUGAACAAUAAGCAGAUCUUUGUGACACUUUGGGACGGUUAUGCGGAUCAAAUAAUGGAGUAUGAGAGCAGCAAUCGAGGUGAAAAAAAUGUCGUCGUAAUUAUUCAGUUUGGGAAAUACAGAUUCUGGGGAGGGCAUUUGUCUGUUUCUAAUUUGUAUACCGUCACCCGAGUCUUAAUUAACAGUGAUAUUGAUGAAGUUGCUGAGUUUAAACAAAGAUUUAUCGAGAAACUUUCUCCCGAAAUUUCUUCCAGUUAUUCUGGCUUAAGUUCUUCUGUUGUGAAGUCUGCCAUUGAAGAGUUCCUUUCUGACUUGACUUUUUAUCCCAUUGGGUCGUUAAACUCAAUAGAUACGAUGAAGUUUGUUGUCAUUGUUGGGACUAUCAAGAGUUUUGCAUUGAACAAUGAAAUUAGGCUUUAUAUACAUGUGCAAGAUUGUACUGGUAUUGUGAGUCUGACAUUGUUUGAGCGUGAGGUGACAAAGCUUUUGAAGGUUAAUGCUAAUCAGCUUUUAGACAACAACAUUGAAUUAGCAAAGGAAGGAAGCUUUCCAAAGGAGCUAAAUUCUUUACUCAAUAUGAAGUUUGCGUUCAAGAUUGCUGUUUCUUCUUUUAACAUUAGCAAGAAGUCUGAUGGCUACUCAGUCUCCAAGAUGACUAAUAACCCGGUGGUUUUGUCCGAGCUUGAUAAACAUUUUGACACUAUUCAGCCUAUUGAUGAGGAAGCCGUCAAUGUCGAACAAUCCGAUUCAAAUCGUAAUGAUGAUUUGCCUGUUAAGAUUACCAACGGUACCAGACGUGAAAGAAGAACCAAUGGUCGUGGUUUUCGAUACGCUUUAACCUCAUGGAAGAAGUUCAUGAAAGCCGCUCGAAUUAAGGUCCGUGACCAGGUUCACUAUUCUUUUGAUGAAAAUGAGCUGGUUUUGAGUGUUGAGAGGGUUGUACCUUACGUUAGCCGUAGUAAUUAG